AUUCUAUUUGCAUGUAAUUCGAGUUCAUUCUCAACAGCGAGCUUCGCAAAAUGGAACAGCCUACACAAAGUGCUGGACAGCAACAGGGCAGACAGCAGCCUGUAUAUGACACUAGAAAUGGGGGGCAUUACGGUAUAACCUUUGGCCCUCCCUACAUACUCAGCACGUCUCCAUAACCUGAGGAUUGGGCUGACGCAUAUUUCUAUAGGAGCCAGUGCAGCUGUAGGACUCCCCACUUCUCCGGGGCUUGUCUGCGAGCAGGCUCUGACUAUGAACACUCCGAUACUGACCACUGCUUUGAUCUGUCUAGCUAUCUGCGCAAGGGUUCGCACCUGUUGCUGAGCUUUAUACGGGCACUUGGGCAAAUGCGAGUAGAGGUCUUCGGCAGCUGCAUUUUGAUUGUAACUAAUAACGGACAGGUGAAUCAAGGACUGCAAGGAACGGCUCGGGAUAUCUUAACAACAUACUGGCAGCACAUUAUCAAUCACCUCGAGACAGAUAAUCAUGAUUAUAAGAUACAUCAGUUACCGCUCGCCCGUAUUAAGAAGGUGAUGAAAGCCGACCCGGAGGUAAAGAUGAUUUCAGCCGAAGCGCCUAUCCUAUUUGCAAAGGGGUGCGACAUCUUUAUCACCGAGCUUACUAUGCGCGCAUGGAUCCAUGCUGAAGACAAUAAACGGCGCACACUACAAAGGUCGGACAUCGCAGCAGCUCUUUCGAAAUCAGAUAUGUUUGAUUUCCUCAUUGAUAUAGUACCUCGUGAGGAGGCUACAUCGCAUGCGAAGCGUUCAAGUCAGACUGCUGGGGCAGCUGCAAGCGCAUCGGGCGCUGCCGGCCCCGCAAAUCAAAUGCCAGCGGCCCAACAUGGAGUUCAACACACUUCACACCAUAUGCCCCCCCCAGACUAUGGCUCGCUAGGCCAGCACGGAUUACAAGAUCCGGAAUACCGACAGCCGACAAUGUAUGCCGGUGCUGUACAGUCGGACCCUACCGCGGCUUAUGGGGGACAUCAACCUCAAAUGUUCGACGGAAUGUAUGCUUACCCGCAUAUGCCACCGCAACAGUGAUAUUAUGAUUUAUGUUUCUCGCUUAGGUGUUUGGGUGCUUGAGUCGAUUUCCUCGACCUUUUGAAUGUUGAAUGGAAUUGGAAGAGUUGAUACGCUUUGGUUAGUGGUAAGAAA